ACUUCAGCUAAGGCACACGGAUUUCCAUAUACGCUCUUAAAAACAAAAAACAAACCAAAAAUUUCCAAAUAAAAAAAUAUAACAACAGUAUACGACAAACGUCAGACGAAAAGCACACAUUAUAGAACGGAUUACUGAUUUCUUUGGAAAGCAGCGACUUGGAAGAAUUACCCGAAUACAUUACAAUGGUUGAUGAUUGCUGCUAUCCCGAUGAGAGCUGGAGAAAUAAGGAAUUUUUCUUGGCAAUUCAAAAUCACGAUAACAGGUGUUUUGAUCGGCUUUUCAACCAUGUAGACAUACAAAUUGUCACGCAACCUGUUUUAAAUGAGAACUACUCUGCACCAAGAUUUGCUCUUUAUUGUAGUAAUGUUUAUGCGCUUCAAAAGCUUUUGGCAACAGGCCUCUUUCAAGAAACUCAUAUCAAAUUAUGUGAUGCUCUAUUCAACAUAAACGAUAAAUAUUCAAAAACUGCUGAUUGUAUACAAGUGCUGGCAAAUUUGCAGAAAAUUUCCGAAGAAGACGUUACGGCUUUUGUGAAAGCCAUAGAAUUCGUGCCUGAGAAAUUUUUGCUGGAGUUGUUGAAAAAAGGAUUAUUUUUGCCAAUUAAAUCGCCCGAGUUCGUUGUAACAAAAGUCAGACCAACAGUGCUAAGUGAAUUAUUUGAUAGUCUCAUAGAUAUGAACGAAAAUCGGUUUAUGAGCAUAGACUAUUCGACGUUUGACAAAAAAAAAGCCGUCAAAGACGGGAUAACGAUUGCCACACAAAUGGAAAUCAUCGAAGCCAUCGCCAGCCGAGAGACGCACCAACAAUUACUGGCACAUCCAAUCAUACAAUUAUUUUUGGAUUUGAAAUGGAGAGAGCUAAGUCGCCUUUUCUAUUUGAACUUCUGCCUGUACAUCUUCUUUGUCUGUUCCUGUGUAUCAUAUAUUCUGUGCAAGCUGCAUGAAUAUGAAAUUUGGACAGGAUUUUUCUGUGCUCUAACCGUCUUUGGAAUGAUCUAUUUGAUAGUUCGUGAGUGCUUGCACUUAGGAAUUGACUAUAAGCAAUAUCUGCGUGAUCUACGGAAUUAUAUGGCAUGGAUAAUGAUUAUCUUGCUCAUAGUACUCGUACUCAGUAAGCACUCGGAUAACCUGAAUUGGAAAUGCUCCCUCACCAUAUUGUUGCUUUUAACUGAACUUUUGCAAAUGUUCGCUUAUUUGCCAACAUUACCAUGGGCUUUGCACAUACAUAUGUUUUGGAUGGUAAUGAAGAGUUUUAUGAAGAAUUUCCUCUUUUACUCACUUUUUGUGGGGGCCUUCGGUUUAUGUUUCUACAUUAUGAUUGGCCUAAAUGGCGAACCCAAGGAAAAUUUGAAUGGAUUCAAUAGUACUGUGAACGUUGUACUCAAGACCACUGCCAUGAUGAUUGGAGAACUGGACACAAGCUCGAUGAAAUUUAAUGAUCCUUUCACAAUUGCACUAUUUUUGGGAUUCAUUUUUGUGGUGACCAUCGUUUUGUAUAAUUUGAUCAAUGGUUCUGCCAUUCAUGACAUACUGGUAAGUAAAUUUUGA